GCUGUCUGGUUUCUCUCAGGUUUCCUCCAGCGGCAGGCGGCACGUGAGCUUUCACAUGGACGAGGAGGAGAUCGUCCGCAUCAACCCGCGCAAGGACGUCCUCAUCCGAGGCUACGAGGACUACCGGCAGCCGGUGUUGUGGAAGCAGGACCCAGAGCACGAGGAGCCCGACGCCUCCGCUGCCUUCUCCAAGCUGGACGGCAAGGACUCGGUCAAGACGCAGCAGCCGUGGGGCCGGCGGAGGCGAGAGGACGGAGAGCGCUCACGCUGCAUCUACUGCCGAGAGAUGUUCAACCACGAGGACAACCAGCGGGGCCAGUGCCAGGACGCGCCCGACCCCAUCAAGCAGUGCAUCUACCGGCUGAGCUGCAUGCUGUGUGCCGAGAGCAUGCUGUACCACUGCAUGUCUGACUCGGAGGGAGACUUCUCGGACCCGUGCUCCUGCGACGUCAGCGAGGAGCAGUUCUGUGUGCGCUGGCUGGCGCUGCUGGGGCUGUCUCUGCUGGCGCCCUGCAUGUGCUGCUACCCGCCACUGCGCGCCUGCCACCGCUGUGGAGAGGCCUGCCGCUGCUGCGGAGGAAAGCACAAGGCCGCGGGCUGAGCCGGACCGGACACCGCUGCUUUCACUGACCCGAGACGGGUGGAGCGUUGCUCGUGGAGCUCCUGACGCCAGGAGGAGCGUCUGGAAACACACGCCGGGGCGCACGUCGUG